AUGUUUCUUGGUAGAGUAACGACAUUUGCUGAUUUUUCAUCCACAGAUGUUGGGUUUUUUGGAGGUGUUGCAUCAUUUGGAAUCAACUAUGGCCAAGUAGCUAACAAUUUGCCGUCACCGGACAAAGUGCUUGAACUCUUCAGCAACCUUAAGAUCACAAAAACAAGAAUUUAUGACACCAAUCCUGAGAUCUUGAAUGCUUUUGCUAAAUCAAACGUUGAGGUCAUUGUGACAGUUGAAAAUGAAAUGCUGAGCCAAUUAAAUGAUCCUCAACAAGCCCUUCAAUGGGUGAGUGGCCAUAUCAAACCGUACCUCCCGGACACAAAGAUCACUGGGAUUCAAGUAGGAAAUGAGUUGUUCACUAAUGGUGACACCACUUUUAUUCAGUAUCUUGUCCCAGCAGUGGUUAACAUUCACAAUGCUCUGGUUCAGCUAGGCAUUGACUCCAACAUCCACGUUUCAACACCAAGUUCCUUAGAAGUGCUUCAGGAAUCUUACCCUCCUUCAGCUGGUAGUUUCAAAAGUGAGAUCACUGGGAUCAUGUCCCAGUUUUUGAGCUUCUUGUCCACCACUAAGGCACCCUUUUGGAUCAAUGCCUAUCCUUACUUUGCUUACAAGGAUGACCCCAGUAGGAUUCCAUUGGACUAUGUAUUGUUUAAUCCUAAUGAAGGAAUGGUUGACCCCAACACCAACCUACACUAUGAUAACAUGCUUUAUGCUCAGGUAGAUGCAGUCUCAUUUGCCAUUGCUAGAUUGGGUUUUAGUGGGAUAGAGGUUAGGGUCUCUGAGACUGGUUGGCCAUCCAAAGGAGACUCUAAUGAGGCUGGUGCCACAGUGCAGAAUGCUCAAACUUAUAACAGGAAUUUGCUGAGAAGGCAAAUGGCAAAUGAAGGGACACCUCUGAGUCCUAGAAUGAGGUUAGAAGCAUACUUUUUUGCAUUGUUCAAUGAAGACAUGAAGACUGGAGCUACCUCGGAAAGGAACUAUGGUCUCUUUCAACCUGAUGAAACUAUGACUUACAAUGUAGGGUUGGCUGCUUUUGCAGCCUCAUCCACUUCAUCUACUUCAAUUUCUCUUACCUCCUCUGCCACCAAGACAAAGGUAAAAAUAAAACCAAUCUUUUUUCUCCCCAGCUUAUAG